GUUCUCAGACCUGUAACUUCUGCAUUGACCUGAUCAGACAGCACGGCUACACUGAGAGAAACAACAUUCACUCCAAUUGAAUCCAGGUGACGAGUGUCAUGGCAGUCCAGUCUGUGAGAAUGGUGACUGCCAACAUGUUACUGAGUGUCUUCUUCUUCUCAGGUGCGUUGGCUGAUUGUCUGAUGAACACAGAACUAUUAAUUACUGCACCUCAAGAGAUGGAAGCACUGAGUGGAUCUUGUUUGCAAAUCCCCUGUAACUUCAGUGCUAAACCAGAAAAUAGAUUCAACAGCACAAGAACAACCUACGGAGUGUGGAUCAAAGAUACCGUUGACUUUGCCAACAAUCCAAAUAAUGUGAUUUUCAACAGUAGCAGGGUGGAUAAUACUUAUCCAAUGAAUCUAACUGGAGACCUGAGUCAGCAAAACUGCACCACUUUGUUUUCCAGUUUAAUCACAACAUACACAGACACAUACUACUUCAGGGUGGAGAACAGGCCAUUUGUGGCAACAGCUUUUUGUCAUCCUCUUCGAAUAACAGUUAACGAUUCUCCUCCAAGUCCCAGUAUUGAGAUUUCAGGUGUUCUGAAGGAGAAGGAGUCUGUCUCUAUAAGCUGCUCAGCUCUCACUCCCUGUCCACACUCUCCUCCUAAACUCACCUGGAAUCUCCAACAAGACCCUCACAACAUUAUAGAGGAAAACAAAGAUCGAACCUUCACAACUAAAAUCCAGAAGAACUUCACUCUGUCAGACAAACAUGAUGGAUUAAACAUCACCUGUUCUGCCAGUUAUCCUGUGAAUGGAGGAAAAGAUUUCUUGACGGCAGAGCAGAAUAAGACUCUCAGUGUUUCAUACGCUCCCAAGGACACCUCUGUGUCCAUCAGUCCAUCAGGUUGGGUGUCAGCAGGUAGCUGGGUGGACCUGACCUGCUCCAGCAGAGCCAAUCCUCCCGUCAGCAGCUUCACCUGGUUCAAGAACAGCAAAGAUGGACCCGUCAAAGUAUCUGAAGGAGACGUUUACAGCUUUAAUGUCACUGAUGGAGGAGUUUAUUACUGUGUGGCCAUCAAUGGGCUUGGUAAUGAAAGAUCAUCAGAGGUCCAUCUAACUAUUGAAGGUGAUCAACCAGUUGGUGUUCAUGCCGUAGUGAAGAUCCUGGGAAUCAUAAUGCUCGUCAGUACGUUGGUCGUCUUUGAGUGCUGGUUUAGAUCAAGACACUCAACCAAACCAGUGAAGGAUGCAGGAGAGGCAGACUAUGUCAACAGAGUGAUUGAGAUCCAAGCACCAUGAGCCGGAUGGAGAAGGAAGGUGGAGAUGGCGACGGAGAUGAAGAUGUCAUGUUCAAUAUCAAUGGAACCAGAUAUCAUUUCUUAUUUCCUGUUUCUAUGUGUCGGUGUGCCAUAAACAUGAAAGUCAAUCAAAAAUUAAAAAGCAUGACUUUGUUUGUAUACGUUUGAUUAGACAAACAAGAUGACCCCAGAUUUUGGGUGAAUAUAGAUUGUUAUUAUUGUGAAAUUCUCCUGUUUUACCACCUUGUUUAUUUGUGAAUGUCUUUUCUUUAAUAUAUUUUCAGAGGUUGGGCUGAUUUAUGGUACUUUUUACUGUUUUCUUUUGUUUCUUUUAAAGACCCAACCAGCUUUUUUUUCUUUACCACACCAAUUGUUUUCCCAUGUAAACUGUAUAUAAUUGAUCAUUUGUUUUCAUGUAUACAGAAAAUACACAUAUGAUAGCUGGGUGACUGUGCCUUAAUAUGACAUCCAGCACACUGCUGGCUCUGUAAAAUAGAUAUUCUGCAACUCUUUAAAAUAGCUUCAUUUUGGAUUUGAUUGAACUUCAUUGCUCCUGCACAUGAUGAUGAAAUAUUUCACGUAAAGAUGGCAUGGCUUUCACACUUGCAGAGAGUUGUGUGAUAAAAGUACAAACAGGAUAUGAGCAGUAAAUAUGAGAACUGCUUGUAAUUCUGUGCAGCCGUAGAAAUUCAGAUCGUAUGAUAUCUAACAGAUGUAUAUAAGCUUAUAAGGUCUCAAAACUUCCUUUUGUAUUGCAAUUGGCUAACUAGAGCGUUUGGUAUCUAGGUCAUAUACUUACCUAACAUUAGUGUAAGUUCCUGAAUUGAAAAACUUCGCUUGAAAAUAUUAAGACCUCGCUGUUUCUUAUUUUUUGCUUUGGGCUUAUUUGGUAAGGCAAAGCAUUUUACUGCUUUUAUUGAUUUAUAUAUAUUUGUGUUU